AUGUUGUUCGACACCCCACUCCUCUCCAACCUACCACCCAUCGCGUCAUCGUCAACCGCACCGAAUGGCAUCAAGAAGCGACCGCGUGCCGAGUCGGCUGCGAAGGGCCAGGCGACGGCCGAAGCUGGGAUGAACCUCGACAAGCUCAUGAAGAAGAUGAAGGGCAUGGACACAGAAAAGGGAACAAACCCCAACUCGACACCCGUCAAUCCAUCCCCCCGACAGAAGAAGGAUCCAUCGACGUCGAACGCUGGUGGCGCGGGGGGUGCUUCGCAACCCCGCAAGGAGCGGUCUUCCAAGGGACCUAUGGAUGCAUCACCUCACAGCAACAAGAACAUCAAGAAGCACGAACAAGACAACUUGCGUGCUCACAAAGACGCUGCACCGAAAUCUUUAUCCUCUUCGGCGCGUCCACGGGAAUCCUCCUCGAAGAACAAAAAGAAGCACAAGUCCCGACACGAUCCUCAACCCGCUGCUACACAAGAUUCCGAAGACGAUUCGAUAUCCACUCCAAUCAUGCCUCGCACCCAUGCUGCACCCAACUUUGACGAAAAGCCCGUCGGAGGCUCCUCAUCCGCAGGCUCGACUGCGCAGACCUCGCUGCAGGCUUCGUUGAGGGCCAAGUUGGCCGGAGGUAAAUUUAGGAUGCUCAACGAGACGCUCUACACUACCACGGGUGAACAAGCUUGGUCCGCGAUGAAAGAGGAUGGCGCGUUCGACGAUGUGAGUCGACCAGCAAGCAGAUUCUCCGACUGCGAUCUUCUUUGGACAAUUGCUAAGUCCGUGUUCGUUUCACUGCAGUACCACGCUGGAUUCCGUUCCCAAGCCGCAGGGUGGCCUGUUCAUCCCCUUACUUUGAUCAAGAAGCAGCUCUCGACUUCCUUACCCGCGCUGUCACUCGUCGCCGAUUUCGGCUGCGGCGACGCGACCCUCGCUCGCGACCUCGCCAAAGACACGCUCAAGGAGCUCAAGGUCAUCUCGUUUGAUCUCGUGUCCAAAGACGGAUGGGUUGUUGAGGCGGAAUGCUCGAGCGUUCCACUUCCAGGUGGGAGACACGGUGGACAGAUCGUCGAUGUUGUUGUUUGUUGCCUAAGUCUGAUGGGGACCGAUUGGGUCAAGAUGGUCAGGGAGAGCUGGAGGGUGUUGAAGCCUGGGUUAGUGGACUGACUUUACCCAAGGAUAUGCAUGUGCAGUAUACUUACCACCCGAUUUGACACGUGUGCAGAGGUCAGCUCAAGAUCGCCGAGGUCUUGAGUAGGUUCACAGAUAUUGAUGGUUUUGUGGCGCUCGUCUCGUCGAUUGGCUUCAAAUCGACAAGCAAAGUGAGGAACUCGGACGAAACUUGGCACGAAAGAUUCUUUUGCUGACUAUAAGGGCUUUCUGUAUUGCCAGGACACGUCCAACACUCACUUCAUCAUGUUCGACUUUGUCAAGGCCGGGGAGGAGGCCGUCUCGAAGCAGGCCGAGAUUACCAAGAAAGCUUCGAGUCUGUUGCGACCUUGUAUCUACAAGAAGCGAUGA